AUGGUAUCAUACUAUGCCGCGCGGAAGUUUGCAGUGCAAGCGGACCCGGCACCCAUUGAGCAGGAACCUCCAGAAGGGCCCCUUGACAUCUCUCAGGCGGCAGGCCCUUCACUUCCAGGUUCCCAAGUGCUGGCUAGCACAGCACAGAUAGAGACCGGGUGCUCUGUAUCCUACUAUGGCUCUUUGGCGGGGCGCGGAUUGAGACGGGCAGGGGUGGUGCUGUCAGCUGCAGAUGCGGCAGUGCGUGACGGGCAUGCGGGCCUCCAAAACUUGCAGCGUCGGCAGAUUUUGGGCUCGCUGGACGCUGCUGGCACGGUGGAGGAGCUGCAGACGGUGCUUGGGAAUCGCUUGGCGGAGAUGGAUAGCUUCUCAUGCACCAUGGCCUUGCACCGUCUUGCGCGCCUCAGCCACGAUGUGGACAAGCACAUCAAGUCGCAACCAGGCAGAACCAGAGGGGUUUCCCAGCGUGAGCAGCGGCUCUGGCGGGACCGGCUGUCAACGCAAGUGCGUCGGCACCCUUCUUGGCGGAUUCUUCUCGAGAGCUUGAGCUCGCCAGACGCCAUGAAGGAAGCGGAGCCGCGCCAGCUGGCCAACAUGGCCUGGGCAGUCGCGCGCCUUCGGGCACCGGAUGGUCUCCCGCUGCUGCGUCUCGCGGCCCAUCGAUGCGCAGUGCGAGACGGCCCCGGCAAAUGGGAUGCCAUGAGCACCUCGCUGAUCCCCUGGAGCUUUGCCACCCUCAGCGCAGAUCUUGACCCAGAGCUACGAGAGCUGGUUUCCUCUGUCGGGUCGGUGGUCCGUGAGCAGGGUAGUGCCAGCUGGGGGCCUGGCGACUUGUCACGAGUCAUUUGGUCCUGGGCGAAGCUCUUGCAGCGCGAUGACGCAUUUUUCCGCCGCUGCAGUUGUUUGGUGGACUCCCGUCUGUCAGAAUACACGCCCAGUCAGCUGGCGCAAACUGUGUGGGCCUAUGCCACAGUCGCGCCGCAGGAUGCUUGCUCCCACCUUUUUCCAAAGGCGGUAAAGGCCAUGCUUGGCACGCAUUCCGAGGGCUUGGCAGCAUACACGCCCCAGCACCUCGCAAUGGCGAUCUGGUCAUUUGCCGCAGUACUCUUCCGGCCUGAGGAGCUGCUCGAAGAAAUAGGCAGAGCUGUGCCAGACAAGCUGGAAAAGCUCAACCCACAAGACAUCUCCACGACAGCUUGGGCAUUCACGACCUUGCUGGCCAAGGACAGGCACGUCUACGAAGUCCUUGCUUCCACCUCAGUCCGCACUAUAUCCGAAUUCAACAACCAAGAUUUGUCCAACACAGUGUGGGCAUUCGCAUCUGCGGGUGAGUACGAUGAGUCCCUGAUGGAAGCAGUGGCAGCUGAGACAUGCCGCCGAAGUGACUUUCAUGGGCAGCACUUGGCCAUGGUGGCCUGGGCAUUCAUCACCCUGCGGCACCGGCACGACCAACUGCUGAAUUUGAUCGGGGAGGUGACCAACGGUCAUCGAGGCCUGGGGACUUGGAGCAACGCCAAGCUGCUGGCCUUCACCUUCGCAGGGCUUCCACGGCUGGGUGCCUUGCUGGGCACCGAGGCCUUGACGCUGGGGGCCAUGAGGCGGCUCCUGGACCAAUUCCAGCAGCGCCUGCUGUCGGGAGCUGGGGAUGUGGAUGCCGAUGACGCCUGGGUGGUCCAUGAUGCGGUCCUGCCGUGGCUGCAGCUGGGCGGCGACUUGACAUCCUUACGAGGCUGGCAGGCUGUGAACGAGAUGAUCUCGACGCAGCGCUUGCGCUUGCAGGGGUUUCUUGCCUCCGACGAAUUCACUGCCAUCCUGGCGUCAAGCACAGCCAAGGACAUUCCAACAGUCAGGCGGUACCAGGAAUCCCUUCAAGCGUUCCGCAUUCGAGGCCUUGGAAGCGAGCACUCCUGGAGAUUGCUGAAAGCUAUAGGUGUGGAGAGGGCCCUUGAGGAUGACGCAGUGUUGCAUGCAAGCGCUGUCGGUGGCACAUGUCAAAGCCCGAAAAGUACAAAAGUGGAUGGUAGGGGCGAGCGGCAGAACUGGUGUUUCUUCAGAUCAACCAUCUGUGCCAAAAGUGGUUCUGUCAGUGCGCGGGAAUCGGGGCGCUUGCUCAACAGUACAAUGGUGAAAUAUCGAGAGGAUUGUGCAGGCUUGGUUCACGUGAAGCUGCACCAUGACCGAGUGGACCACCGCGCAUGGGAUGCAGAGUUCCGAGCGCUGGCAAGAACCGCGGCAGCUGCUCGAGCCUUGCUCCAAGAGGCACCUGACCCGGACGAAGGAUCCGUCGAAGAGGAAGCAGCAAAGCUCUUUGCAAGUGGUGCGCGUCCAGAAGUGGACCUUUGCGGACCUGGCAGGGAGGCAGAGGCCAUGGUGGAAGGCAAAUUGGAGCUCUUCAUGACAGAGGUGCCCUGCUUGUCGUGCAUGUGCGCGAUGGCGCAGUUCCGCCAGCGCUUCCCCUUCAUAAGCUUGCACGUGUCUUGGGACGGCCUUCCACCUGAGGAGCACUUUGCAACAUGA